AUGAUACAUGGUGUUGAUAAAUUUUUAAAACGUAUUCGUGAAAGUGAAAUAACAAAUGGUGUUGAUAAGAUGAAUUAUCUUUAUACAGUUUUAUGGCUUCUUCUUAUAUCAUCAAUUGGAAUUUCUAGAAAUAUGGUAGGUGAACCAAUGCAAUGUUGGAUAGCUAAUCAAGUAACACGUUGGGAAUCAUAUAUUGAAAAUAAUUGUUAUCUUCGUGGUGGUUAUAGAUAUCAUAAUAAAUCAAUAAAUAAUAUUGAAGAAAUUGAAAAAAUACCUGUUAAUUAUUAUGCAUGGGUUCAACCUUUUAAUAUUUUUCAAGCUAUAUGUUUUGCUUUACCAUUUUUAGCUUGGAAUUUUAUAUCAAUUCAAUCUGAUUUUAAUCCAAAAACAAUUGUUAAAAGAGCAACAAUUAUUAAAAAAAAUAUGAAAUUUUUAGAAUUUGUUCAAGGAAAUACAAUGGUUAUUGCUCAAGAAACAGUUGAAAAUCUUUUUAAAGGUUUAAAAAAAAAAUCAUUUUAUCUUGAGAAUAAAAAAAAUAAUUUUUUUUCUCAAUUUAUACAUCGUUCAUAUUUAACAAAUUGUUAUAUAUUUUUUAAAUUUUCUAAUAUUCUUAAUAUUAUUUUGCAAAUAUAUCUUUUAUGUUCUUUUUAUUCAAUUCCUAAUUUUUAUAAUGCUGGUAUCAAUGUAAUGUUUGGAAAUAGUGAUAAUAGUGGAAUAAAAAUUGGUAAUUCACCUUAUUUUCCAAGAAUUAUAACAUGUAAUGUAACAUUACAUGAUGUUGCAUACUCUACACCAACAAUUGUAAAUGAUUGUGUUAUAAGAGUUAAUUUAUAUAAUGAAGCUUUUUUUAUUAUUACAUGGAUAUGGUAUGUUACAUUAUUUAUAACAACAAUAACAGAUUUCCAAGCAUGGAUUGUUAAUUCAUAUGUAACAAAAGUUAGAAAUUCAUUUAUUAAAAGUCAUCUUAUGUGUAGAAAUGUUACAUUAAAUGACAAAGAAAUAAAUAAGUUUAUUGAUAGUACUUUUUUUACUGAUGGUGUUACGAUAUUAAGAUGGAUUGCUGCUAAAUCUGGUAGUAACUUUACGAGCGAUAUUAUUCAUGUCGCAUUUCAAAAAUAUAUUAGUGAUAAAAAAAGUGAUAUAACACUUUUAGAUGAUAAUGAUCCAAAACAUCAUAAAGAUGAAUUAAAAUUAAUUAGUGGUGCUAUGAAUGGUAGAAAAGUUCAAAACAGAAAAUAUCAUUCUAUGGUUGAUAAUUUUUUGACAAUUGGCAAUAUAACAUUCUUUAUUAUUCUUGCAACUGUCAUUGGUUCAUUUACCUCUUCAUUCAAAGGUGUCUAUUGUCAUACGCCAUUAGAAAUAUUAAGGGGUGGUUGGGAAAGAUAUACUAGUGCACAAUGUUUUCUUAAUGGUAAGUAUGGUAAUCCUAUUGAAAAAAAAAAAUUUUCAAUGUAUUAUUAUAUUUGGACAACAUAUCUUAUUAUACUUCCAAUUGUUUUUUUUACUAUACCAAGAUUUUAUUGGAGUUAUGUUAGUAAAGAUUACGAAAAUGGAAUUAAAAAUCUUUUAAUGUCGAGUAAAAAUUCAGCAAAUGAAUUUCAAAAAACUAUUAAAGAAUAUUUUAAAAAACGUGAAGCAUUUGAGGAAAGAAAAAAAAUUGUUCAAAUGAAUAUUGAAGAUAUAGAUAAUGAAAAAUAUUUAGCUUUUUCAAGAUUUAGAAGUAAUUUAGAAAAAAAUUCUAUUGCACAAAAGUAUCUUUAUUAUAAAUUGAUGCUAUUUAUUGCUUCAUUAAUAUUAUUUUGGUAUGUUAAACAUGUAUUUCAAAUAAAAAGUAAUUAUGAAGCUAUUAAUUAUAUAAGUAAAAAAUUGAAUGAUACAAAAUAUGAUGAUCCACAACUUUUUCCAACAAAAGUAUGGUGUGAAGUAAUUGUUAAUGAUAUUAAAUAUUCAAGAAAACAAUUAUCAAGAUUUUAUUGUUCAAUGCCAUAUAAUUAUAUUUAUCAAAUUAUUUUUUGUAUACUUUUUAUUUAUACACCUUUUAUAAUUAUAAUAAGUGGCUGUUCAUUUUUAUCCUGGUUAUAUGCAUUAUACAAUAAACCUUAUAGAACAAACUAUUUUAAAAAUCUUUUAAUUUUAAUAAAUAAUGAAUACAUCAAAGAUAACUAUUUUUAUUCAUUCAUUUCGCAUUUUUCAAAGACAGAUUACGUCUUUUUUGAGUUAAUAAGUGAGAAAAUUAGUUAUGCAGAGACGGCAUUAGCAAUAGAAAAUGUUUUUCAUAAUUAUAAGAAACAAUAUAAAAUUACUAAUAAUGAAAUUAACAAGGAAAAUCAAAGUUUAAUUUAA